CCGUAUUAUCAACAUGGGCGACUCGCAAGAAACUGUGGAAAAAUUAGAGACGAUCAAGUCUAUACGAUCUAAAGUGUACUGGCUGUCUAGGACGACAGGCCAGUUGAGAGUGAAUGUUGACGAGGUGGAGAAGGCGAGAGAACUGCAGGAGGAAUGCAGGAGAGUUUUAGCAGAGUUGGAUGCUGAAGAGAAGAGAUAUACGGAUGCGCUGAGAGAAAUCAAGGCAGACGUUGCUGCAAUGUCACAGACAAUAGCCAAGUUAGACUUUCACAUAAGAAGUAAUCAAGACGACGCCAUCAUCCUGUUAUCAAACACUUGCCAGCCAGCACGAAUUGCGAUGAACCAGUUGUUAGCUACAGUUGGUUUGCCUAACAUCAAACGAUCAACAGAGGAAGACACAGUAUCAGAAUGGGCAUUAAAUGUAGGGAGCAAGCGAUCUCAUACUAGGACUUCUGUCAAGAGUAAGAGGAAUGAUAACAGCAAGGAUCGAUUCACGUCUCCUGCUAAGAAACAAAAUCUAUUUGAGACAUGUUAGACAAAGGGAUGGGCAUGAAGAGUGUAGUGUAUAUAGACUGUUGCUGGGAUAACCAUACAUAUUCAGGAUGUUUGACAUAUUGUGUAGAUGUGUAGAUGUAGUAAUAUUAAGUUACUGUGUGUGUGUGUCAAUUUAUCGUGAGGAGUAGUUCCAGAUUUGAUAGCAGUCCACCAAUUUUUUGGUCUUGUAAACCAAAAUUUGGUUAUCUUUUUUUGCACAAGAGAAUGACAAUAAACAGUGUGUGUGUGUGCGUGUGUGUGUGUGCAUGUGUGUGCGUGUGUGUGUGUGUGUGUGCAUGUGUGUGCGUGUGUGCGUGCAUGUGUGUGUGGCAUGUGUGCAUGUGUGUGUGU